ACGUCGCUGCGAAAAUGUAUAACGAAAUCUGUUGUGAGGUUUGCGCUGUAAACAGAGCUCAGCUGUUUUUUCAAAUUCAAUGUGGAAUUCCUAUAUGACGGUGCAAGAAUAGGAUUGGCAGAUAGAGAAUUUGUCAAAACUGGACAACAUGCGCACGAAGCGAUGCGCUGUCGGAACCGAUGGCGGACCGGGAGUUGGGCGGAAACUGAUCACGAACCAGGUGUAAUUGUGACGGAAAUUCAUUACAAACUACCGAGGGCCACAUCAUUUCUGGAUACUGAGGAAUCCAAAGCUCACAUUUCCAAACAUGGACACAAAGGGAUUAUUUCUAUGGACCUGGUAUCUAAAGCUCAAGAUGUCACGACAGUGAAAGAGGAUUUCAUUCCUCCUGUGGCUCCUCAGAUAAGACAGAGGGGGCUACGAGAAGAACUUUUAGAAAAAGCCCUUUACAAGACAAUAAGCCAGCAGGUGGAUGAAGAAUUUAAUCCUGGUCCUCCUCCAGCUGAGUUUAUCUCCACCACAAGAGAGGACUUCAAAGUACCUGGGUUUCAAUCAGUACCCCCCUCUCCCUCCAAGGAACAUGAUUACAAAAGUGACCAGGCCAUUUCUUUUUGGAGUGAGAACUAUCAGAAGGUACAGCGUGUAACAGCAGUCAGGACAAGCGACACUCCAUUCAGAAAGAAUGCAGCAUUCAGCACACCUAUUGGUCAACGUCUAGAUGAUCCUGUGACACCUGAGAAUAGUCCAGAUGUCUGAGCUUGGAACACUGGCUUAAAUACGCAUAUACUGUACACAAACUAUGUCGCACAUUAUUUUAUUGCUGUGUAAUUACUGCACAAUUCUUUAACUUUUUGAUUUUUGUCUUCCUAUGCAUAUGUUAGGAUAUUUAACUGAAAUGCUGCCAGUAACUUCAUUCUUUCUGGAAGUGAAAUUCCACCUGUGUCUUUAUAGGGGAAUUUACAUAUAAGUAACAAAACAACACAUACCGUUAAGCAAUAAAUACCAUUUCGCACCAUUACUUAAAACUAUUAUUUUUAUUUUAUGAUGCAGGUUUUUCAAGUCCUGUGAAACCCUUUAACCUAAGCAAAGACCAGCCAUACAGUGGCUAUUUUCACAUACUCAACCGUCCUCCUUAUUUAAGUCAAUAGGUUGAUCUAUGUCUGGACUGCAGGGUGGGAGGGGAUUAGGAGAUGAGAGAGUGGCCUCUGAUGGGAGCCUGACAUGAGGGGUCAUAAAAGGGUAAUCCAUCCCUCCAAGCAAGCAGAGAGGGCUGUACAUACAUCACUGAGCUGGGCAAUAUGUUGUUGCACACCUCUGCUUUUAUGUGAUUGUCUUUCAGAGUGCUUCAUGAAUCUGAGUGAGAAUGACCAUGCUGAGUGUUCUCAGGUUUAUUUAAAGGUGUACACUAAUUGAUUGAUUGAUUGAAUGUACCGCUACAUGUUUUCCAAGCACAAAGAAGUGCAUUGCAUUUUAUUAAGCUGCAGUGUUCGCAUAUCAGCCCAGAGAGGUUUCCGUUCCAUACAGCAUUGUGCUGUUGCUGUUGGUCAGUGGUAGGAUGCAGAACCUCUUGGGUGUUUAACAGCCAGAGAUUGCAUUUGCCCUGUAAACUAUGUUAAAUGCAUCUGGACGACUUACAAUUUGUUGGCAUAUAUUAUAUUAAAAUCAUUUUGGUUUGCACUAAAUUUGGGAAUUUCAACUGCGAGGACUGCAACGAUUUGUAUUAGGGGUGUCAUACCAAUAAUUACCUAGAUCUACGUUCAUCUCUUUCGUUAAGUGGGCGAUUCUGUGAAAUCUUUUUUAUUCAGGAGCAGGGUUUCACCAGAGGAAGCAACAUUACAUCACACAGUGAGCCAUUUUUUUUAACAAAUGUGAAUCCAUGUGAAUUUCGCAUGCUUUGCUUUGUACCUCGGCGGUGCUGAAGACAAAAUGGUUUAGGUUAAUGUUAAAAGGCUAGGGGUGGUGGGGGUGACGGUGGUGCAUGUUGGUUGGAGGACUCAGUAUAUCUUUCACUUACUUCUAUUUUGGAGGAUGUGGGUGGAAAACGAUGUGUUUCUUUAGUACUGUUGUAUAUAUAAUAAAUGUAAAAGUGGUACCUGAUAAGGAGGUGAUGGUGGGGUCUAAAAAGAGAGAUAGUAUUAAUAAGAAAGUGCUAGUGUACACAUCUCUUCAGCAUCAGCAAAU